AUGGCAGGCAAACGUCUGCUGGAUGCAGCCAAGCUUUUCAGCGCCGGUCGAGCAGUCACCAAGCAGCACAUUUCCAUUCGCAAGGAUCAAUGGCAGCUGCUCACUCGCACAUCUGGCUUGGCCAAAGCGGUCAAGAAUCAGACGGAUCGAGUGACGGUCACGGUUGGAGCUGCUGUAGAACUCGCUAAGCGAUUCAGUGGACCGAGUCCGGCGUGGCAAGAAGGACAACAGGCGGCGAGGGGAGGUGAACAAGGCGGAAGAGCACCGAGUGGGAAUGACUGGAUCAAGGCAGAAACACACCAGACGGUACAUCAGACGCCGACGGCAGCAGAGCAGGUGGGCUUGGAUUCACGGGUGUUCUCAGCAGGUGGACAGCAAGAAGAUGAUGGGACGUUGGCUUCACUGCGAAAGCAAGAUGGACAGCAGCGGGAACAGAUACCAGGCUCCGCUGCGGAUGAACAGGCUGGCAAUACAGCACAUGCGGGCAGAGACACGUUCAAUGAAAGGUCACAUUCUGUCUCGCCCAAUCUCUCAACGCUGUCACAGGCGAGGCUGCCAGAGCACGCUGAACAGGCUGCGCCUGGAGACACCACACCCAGAAGCGAGCUGAAUCAGGAUGUGUUCCCAUCACCCGCAGAGGCGGUAGAAGCAAUGCCUGAAGGCAUCACAACCGAUUUGUUCCACAGUCCAAAAGUGUCCCAGAUGCUUGGACAGACGGCCUCCUAUAGGAAGAACCCAUAUGGCACCAAGCGACAGAAGCUUCCACCGCAGCCGCUACCGGAAAUGGUUCGAGCCUCGGAGCGAUGGAAGCACGAAAGCGACGUGAAGAUCAAAGUUCCAGAGCCGAUGGGCAAUGCGCCGACUGCGGAACCAGCCACCAGCGAAGCAGAAAUGCAGGAUCUUGCAAGUUCCUUAGCGAAAGAUGUACAAAAUGCAAACAGUGAAGAUGUUCCAGCAGAGGAUGUGAAACCAAACGAAAUGCACGAAUCUCGGGUGCCUUCGACGCGAUUCGGACGCCUUUGGCAAUACAGCGGGCUAGCGACUAGCAUGGCAUUUGGUGCUGUGGGAGAGAGCUUUCGACGUUUGUCAGGAAGUGGCAGCUCGGGCAGCUUGAUGCUGAGCGAAGGCAACAUCAAUCGUCUCGUCGCAAAGUUGAGUCGGAUGCGAGGCGCGGCCUUGAAGCUCGGGCAAAUGAUCAGCUUUCAAGACUCGAAAGUUCUGCCGCCGACUAUCAACACCAUCCUACAACGAGUGCAAGAUAGUGCCGACUACAUGCCUUCCUCGCAACGCGAUCAAGUGCUGAUAUCAAACCUUGGACAAGACUGGCGAGAGCUUUUCACUUCAUUCGAAGAGAAGCCUUUCGCAGCGGCUUCAAUCGGCCAAGUUCACAAGGCUACUCUCAAAUCUAAUGGGAAGCAAGUCGCGGUCAAGAUUCAGUAUCCAGGCGUGCGAAGCAGCAUCGACUCUGAUCUGAACAAUCUGUCCCUGCUUCUUACAGCCAGCCAGCUGUUGCCCAAGGGGUUGUUCCUUGACAAGACCAUUGCCAACGCUCGCACUGAGCUUGGCUGGGAGUGCGAUUACGAGCGAGAAGCCAAGGCCUGCAUUCGCUUCAAGGAGGAACUACUUGGGGAUGAGAAAGACAUCUUCCUUGUGCCGAAAGUGUACACGGAAGCGAGUGGUAUGGACGUACUCACGGCGGAGUUCAUGCACGGCACAGGCGUGACCAAAAUUCCAAACCUGACGCAGGCCGAACGCGACUGGAUUGGCACACAGAUCUUACGGCUAUGCCUGCGAGAACUGAUGGAAUGGCGAUUCAUGCAAACGGAUCCGAACUGGACUAACUUCUUGUACAAUCGCCAGACGAAGAAGCUUGAGUUGUUGGACUUUGGCGCCAGUCGCGACUUUCCCGAUGAGUUUGUAGAGCCUUACGUCGCACUGCUCAUUGCAGCUUCCAAGGGCGAUCGAGACAGCUGCGCCAGGCUGUCCAUCGAGCUUGGCUAUUUGACCGGGAGGGAGAGCAAUGAAAUGCUCAAAGCUCACGUGGACUCGAUCUUGACACUGGCAGAGCCAUUUUUGGAAAGCGCACCGAAAACUUAUGAUUUUGAGGAUCAAACAAUCACAGAUCGAGUACGGGCCAAUAUUGGGCUCAUGUUGAAGGAAAGACUUGCGCCGCCGCCUGAAGAGACGUAUAGUCUUCAUCRCAAACUCAGCGGUGCAUUUUUGCUAUGUGCUAGGUUGAAGAGCAAAGUCGAUGCAAGGGAGAUGUUUGCGAAUGCCGUCGAGGUUUGGAAUGGCAGGGCGAAGAAAGUUGAGCGACCAUGA